GUUGCGAGACGGUGACACGCCCCUGCCCUGGUGGUGUGGCACGUUCUGACGCUUUUCCACGUCGCAGUUCUCGUUGUCCCCAAUGGUAAGCGGUUGCGUGUACGACUCGAGCAAGGCCGGAGAAAGAUGGCGGCGCCCGUCCUGAGAGUGUCCACCCCUCGAUGGGAAAGAAUAGCUAGGCUCCUUGUUUGCGUCUUGGGUAUAUUGUUGUCCUUAUACGCCUUUCACGUGGAAACGGAAAAGUCUAGAGACUCGAAUUAUCGGGCCAUGUGCGACGUGAGCAAUUCUAUCAGCUGUUCAAAAGUCUUCACCUCCAGGUGGGGUCGAGGAUUUGGACUGUUGGGCUCGAUCUUCGGAAACGACAGUGCAAUGAACCAGCCAAACAGUGUCUACGGAAUUGUAUUUUAUGUCUUUCAACUGUUACUAGGAAUCACCGUGAGUGCGAUGGCUGCCCUGAUCCUCAUGGCGACGUCCAUCCUAUCGGUGAUGGGCUCUCUCUACCUGGGCUACAUCCUCUACUUUGUCCUCGAGGACUUCUGCAUUAUCUGCAUCACCACAUAUGCACUUAGCUUCAUUCUCUUUAUGCUCAACUACAAGCGACUGGUUUACUUGAACGAGGCCUGGAAGCAGCAGCUGCCGGUCAAACAGGACUAAGAUGGGGCGGUCGGGGGGGGGGAAAGUAACAAACAAAUUACGUGAACUCUUGAACAGAACAUUUUGACAAGUCCACCAGGAGACCUUGCUUCCAAAACAAUGUUUAUUAUGAAACGGGGGGGGGGGGAAAUAUUCUCUUCAUUUCUUAUUUUCGUUUUUAUUUAUACUCCUCUCACACAUAAUAAACAAGCAGGAAAGCAAAGGUAGAAUCCCAGUUCACUUCACUGUGAAAGAUGAGAGGACAGGACAUUCCUUCUUGAACAAAAAAAAAGGACCAGAACGUGUGGAAGAAAAUUGGGACUUCCUUAAAAAGGUGUAUACUUGAAAAUCGAUAAGAAGGUCCUGUUCCUGACCAGCUCCGGAGUCUAGCUGCAACGUUACUACAACCUCAGCGGAACUGAAUAAUGGGUCAGAAUACCAAAUGCAUGAUUGUGGGGAUUAUAAUCGUACAGUUGGGCAGCAUAGCUAAGAUCACAUGAGGAAAGACAAACAGGUUAACACUCAACAGCAUAGUUUUUAUUUUCAAUUUGUUUAAUGUUUACACUUUACAGCAAUUUUUUUGUGCGUCUUUGAUAGUACCACUAAUAUUAAACAUGGGAGACUGUGAGCAACUGUGUGGAAAUCAGUCAGAAUUGUUUCUAUUUUUUUCUCUCUUUUGAUUCUGUAAAUAGCUGCUGGUUUUAUUCCAGGUUAGAUUGUGAUUUAGUGUUGACAUAGACUAAGUAAAAAAAAUACAAAAAAAUGUUUCGAAAGAAAUCACAAAAUAAGGAACAAAAUAAGUGAAGUCAAGUUGUCAUCUGGGUGAAUUAACUCAGUCUGAAGACGUUUUGCAGUCAGUGUGUGACGUCUUAAUUUCCUGCAACCCGCAAGCAAGGCAUGCUGCAUAGACCUGUGUGGAAUCAUGUGUUCACUAAUCCGUUUCUUUCAUCUCUUUCUCAGAAGUCUUUAACUCACUGACGUCAGAAAGCAUAUGAUAUGUGCAUUCUCAAAGAGUCUUCAGAGCAGGGGUUGUGUUCAUUAGGCAACGCAAUGUUUUCAUAACGUUUUGCACUGGGGGAAAAAUGAAAAUGUGCGUUUCUUAUAGACUGGUUAGCUGACAUCACGAAAGCAAUGCACGUGCUUCAAUGGGGCAGAAGGCAGUGUGGUGUUGUGAUUCUUGAUGGCCAGCAACAAUCACAUGAGGCUGCCAUCUGGUGAGUCAUAGGUGGCUUGUUUCAGUUUAACCAACAACUGUAACAAUGUACUUAUGUUGUCAAUAAACAAUGACGAAAAUAUAGUUUACGUGUCAAUAAACAAUGACGAAAAUAUAGUUUACGUGUCAACAAACAAACCCCCGUCAGUUUUGUUGCUAAACAACCAACCCGUCUUUUGUCCAGGUAGUAGAAUCCUGUUGCAGUUGGUUUCUUCUUCUUUGGUGCCUAAUGUACAUGACCCUAGUUAAUUUAUUCUCUGCCAAGAUGAAGUCUUGCUCUCCGUGAACUUCCCUGUCUUGUCGUCAUUUUGUGUAAAAAAAAGGCAUUCCUGGACACACUACUGUACCACUGGGGGAUCCAUGUAGACUUAUGUGCCUGAAAGAGACGUGAAUUCCCUUUAUUUUGGUUGGGUGGAGGGGUAUAUGUAAAUGAGACAUGAAUUCCCUUUAUUGGGUGGAGGGAUUUAUGUAAAUGUUUCACUUAUUUUUUCCUCAUUGUUACAAACCCAUUGCUUUUUUUGUUUUGUAUUUACUAAAUUGUGUACUUAAAGGCCAUUGGUGUCACCCCUUGUGUAUAGUGCAAUGAUAUGGUAGCACAGGCUGCCAAACAGUGAUUGUCUGUCAGCUUAAGGUUGGUAGUAGUAGUAGGCCAGCCAUUCAGUUAGGCGUUUUUGUAGGUUAAGGUUGUCGAUUUUAAGUAAUAAGGUUCAGUUUCUCUCUCUCUUAGUGGUACAACAGCAUUUACAGUUUUUGGGGAAGGAAACCACACAGUACUUGGUGUCCUUGCCACUACCUCUCAGUAUUGGCCAAAGUGUGUGAUACAACCCAAGCCAGUUAGAUUGUCCAGAACCAGCGGGCAAGCGAAGCAGAAUAAGCCGACAGAUCAGUUUGAAGCCCUUUAAACCGGAUGUGUAAGUUACUGUCCACAUUCAUGGACAGUGGAACAUCCUCUGGGUCACAUUGAACAAUCUCAUUGAUACCGUUUUAGAUGGGCACUCAACAUAGCUACAUGUGUUGCCACAUUAUUAUAUUUUUUUACACCAGUUGGCAAUUUCCAAAUAGGAAAGGAGCUGAUGUUUCCUAAUGGCAGAGGUCUAAACAAAGAUGGCUGAUGACGCAAAUGACUGCUUCCUGUUAAACCAUGCCAGGUUAUCAUUUGUACAUGCAUGAUGGAAUAUGAGGUACUUUAUUGGUUACACAUGGUUUGCGUUGUAACUCACUCACUAGCGCUGCACAAGGUAUUUGACACAAAAAUACUGUGUUGCAUCUGAGUUUUAGCAGUGAUACACCUGAGGUCUUUGGGACGAGAUGCUAAGGUCUAAACCUCAAACGCCCAGAGUUUUGACUUUACAGUAGUCUGGUUGUAUACUAUAGACUUUCCUAAGGGGUUACUCACAGAGCCCUAUGUUGGCAGCCAUCAUAUAGGUCCUAACGUUGGAGCAACAAACUUAAAUAGGUGUAAUAAUAGUCCCAAAAGUGACGUGUUCCAGAGAAGUAUGGGUGGAGUGAUUGGCUUUGAGUCACACAAGUCAAAGUCCUUAAAAGCUUGCUGAAUGUGUUCCUAUCGCUAACCUGCUGGAUAAGGAGUCAACACAUAAAAAAAGAUUUUAUUCAAGUCAAAUUAGAAGAUAAACAUGUAUUAAUCAAAAUCAACAGAAAUGUAUACUGCACCCCUCGACUAAUUUUAAUCCAUGUGUCCUGUUCAGGAAGUGAUUCAAAAAAAUGUCCCAAGAUUUAGAACCAUGACAGUCAUGUUCACUGCAUUCAACAAAAUGCCAUCAAAAGUGCCUUCUGUUGGAUCACUGGGCCUUUAGCAGUUAAAGAGAGACGGUAAAAUGAAGCCUGGUGACUGGCUCUCUUGCUUGCCUUUUCUAAACAUGUAUUUCUGAUCAUUGGACCCAACCCACUUGUCAAUAUCCACAGCACGCUGUAGAUCGCCUGCGUGCCAGUCUGUUUCUGCCCUCUUGACAACUUUAAAAGGAAAUGUCUUGAGUUGGUAAGAGCACUAACAGAUCAGAGACCAGGGGUGUAAACAUGCCCGAUUCUUUUGCUAAAUAUUGCGUUCAAAAACAAAGCGCAAACAAGUUCCUAUUGGACAAAUUCAGAUCGAUCCCACCUCGCGUCGGUUCCAUUUGGUUCUUAAAACGGUUUCUGUAAUGAAUACACCCUAGGCUACUCUAUAAACCACGUGAGAGAUAAAAAUGACUCACCGAAAAGCCCUGUCUUGUAUUUAAACUGUCAUUAAUGUCUACUUUAAUUUGUCAUUAGAGGUCACUUGUUUCAGCUAUAAAAAUACAUUUGUCUGAAUUACUAGAUUGUAAAGUUCUUUCUCUGUGACAAGUGAAAUCAUUUUGUAUUUCUCUACUUAUUUUGUAUGAAUGGGCUCUCCAUUUGUCACUACAUCUUAGCUGUAUAGACUUAACAUUCUGGGUUAUUUCAGUAGAAAGAGUGAUGUCUAGGAAUCCAUGUGUCAGCAUCAACAUUUGUUUGUGGGAGGAAUACUGUAGGUUUGCUUCUGUAUUUGACAAAUGCUGUAUUUUCAUACAUGGAGAAAGUAUUACGUGAAUGGUAGAUUGAAAUGGUUACAGAGAAACGAAUCGAAUGAAAUCCACUAUUUGCUUUUACCUUGUGAGAAACUGUUGUGAAAGUUGACACUACAGUGAACAUUUUAAAAUGGGGUCAUUGUCGUGUGGAAAUGGUCUACCAUUAAAAAAAACAUUCCAUCUGAA